AUUCCAAAGCGAUUAAAAACAGCGGGCAUUAUUUAUAUUACAAAAUCCACAUUAUUCGGUUAAAUGCAAACAUUAUUAAAAUGAUACACGAUGUUUUACUCACAUGCUUAACCCUGAGCCGCAAAGGAAUAAGCAUUAGGAGCUUUCUUGACUCGAAUGUCGUGGAUGAAUUUUUACAUCCCUGUGAGCAUCAGAUUUUUGACGAUAUUCUAAAAAUCUUAAAUUAUCUGAAUGAAGUUGUACGAUUUGCCAAAUACUUUGGAGGCAUCAAUCCGAAUGAUAUCUCUGACUUUAAGGAAGUGGACGAAUACUCAUCUGGUUAUUAUUUGAAGAACUUUGCCAAAGGUAUCGAAAGUGCGCUCGAAGACUAUUACAAUGACAUAGUACGUCUAGAAACUAAUUACGCAAAGAAUAAAACAAACUCCCUUAUAUACAUUUUUAAUACCUUGGAAUCGCAAUUACCUCUUAUACUUUUUCUGCGCAAACUUAUUACUGAUGCUAGAAUGCAGAAACUUCAUGGUUGUGGAUUGCUUCAAAACCUGCACCAACAAUAUGAUCAAGGCAUUGUUCAGAUGGACCACAUACUUGCCAAAAUUGUCAAGCCCGUCAAAUUGGUUUUCUACUCACAUUUGGCGCACUGGUUGCUAUUGGGAAUGAUUGAUGAUAAGCACACUGAGUUCUUCAUAAGCUUUAGGCAAUCUGGUGAAAAUGGAACUAAGAAUUCAUCAAACAGCUCUUAUCUGUCGUCAGUAGCCGAAGAUGAUAUAUGGCAGUAUGAAAUUAAUAUGGCUCAAUUGCCCAGAUUUAUGUCAACUGCCUUAGCCGAAAAAGUAUUAUUUGUCGGUCAAACGGUACUCGUUUUUAAAAUGGACCGAAAUAAACAUAAAACUGACACUUGGACUUUGAAAACGCACGGAACAUUCUGCGAUGAUGUCAGUGAACUUUGGGAUGGUAAAGAAGCUGAAUUCUCUAAAAUGAUUGAGGAUCUAAAUGACAAUGAUAAGAUCGAUAUUCUGCGCUUAGAAAGUGUUAUUAACGAGAUCAAGAAAUACGUUAGUCAGCGUCUGUCUGAUAUUGCAAUCAUUGAAGAUGAUUUGGAUCGUCAAAUGGGUUUGAUAAAAGACUUUUACUUGUUGGGACGUGGUGAAUUUUAUUUAGAAUUCUUGCGACAGCUUCACGGUAGUUCUGAUGACAAUUCUGAUACUAAUGCAAGAAACUUUACCAGAGCUUUUGAGAUUGCGUCCAACGUAUUGGGAAUCGUCGAUGAGUUGGAGAACUUUUCACUGAGUGUGCAAAAAACCAGCAUUAACUUAGAACAGAGCUUCGAAUUUGGUAUAUGGCAAAAUCUUCAUCUAAAAUACAUAUACAAGUGGCCAUUGAAUUUGUUGUUUUCGCCAAUUACGGUUGAACGAUACAACAAUGUGUUCCGCUUUCUGUUAAUUGUCCGUAAGCUUCAAUACGAUCUACAGCUUGUAUGGGCUCGUCACAAAUGGGUCGCUAAAAUGGGAACACCAGUCCAUGUGCGGAUUAUGAAUUUCCGUAAUCACUUAACAUUCUUUAUGGAUAAUUUACAGUAUUACAUACAAGUAGACGUUCUCGAAAGUCAAUUCAGUAUACUUAUGAAUGUAAUUAAAAGUAAAGCUGAUUUUGAAGAGAUUCAAAGAGCUCACUCAGUCUUUUUGGCCAAUGUACUGUCACAGUGCUUUCUACUGUCCGAUUUGAUCGAUAAAAAGAUAAAUAUUACACAGAUGAGUCAAUGCCAAAAUCCUAUUUAUGGAACAAUUCUUGAAAUUUUUAGUAUAUGCGAAAAAUUUAGCUUCUUCGAUUCAAUGGAAAACACACCAGAGGAUUCUUUAAAAGAAAUCGACAUUCUUGAAGAAAAAUUUAACGUAUCAAUAUUGGGCUUAAUCAAAUUAUUGAUCGACAUUAAAAGUGCAUCCAGUUUUGGACCGUUAUCGCAGCUUCUAUUAAGAUUGGAUUACAAUCGUUGGUUUAGCGUAAACAAGAAGGCCAACGAAAAAGCUAUAAAAGAUCAAAUUCAACCGCCUUCUGCUUAAAGCUGUAAGCGUUUGAUGUCCUCCAUUCGAAAAUCGCUUCUGUAAAUUAAGCAAUAAUUAAGUAUUUACAUUGAAUCGAAUAAAAGUGAAAGUUUACCUUAAUACCAA